AUGCAAGAUCGCCUUCUAGAAAGAAGUCUAAGCGAUAAUCCAUUAACAAAAGUCGAGACGAUCACUGUUACUACAAAACACGGUCCAGUACAAGUGGCUAAACAAGGAGCAGCAAAUCGUACAGUUAUCGUUACGUUUCAUGAUAUUGCUUAUAACUCUGCCACUCAAUUUCAUCAUUUUUUUUCAUUUACUGAAAUGAUGUCAAUUACACAAUGUUUUACUAUUUAUCAUAUAAAUGCGCCUGGACAAGAAGAUCGUGCUGUACCACUACCAAUAAAUCAAUCAUAUCCAACAAUGGAACAAAUGGCUGAAAUUGUGAAUGAUGUUUUCAUUCAUUUUGAUAUAAAAUCAGCCAUCGGCUUUGGAGUCGGUGCUGGUGCAAACGUUUUGGCACGUUUUGCUCUAUUGCAACCAUCAAAGAUUUAUGGUUUAGUUUUGAUUAAUUGUAUAUCAAGAGCAAUUGGAUGGUUCGAAGGUUUUUCGAUUAAAGAAACUCAAUCUACACAUUCAGAUCUUGUGCAAUCACUUCGACGUCAUUUAGAAGAAAAUGUAAACGCUAAGAAUGUUAUCAAAUAUUUGAAUUCGUUUUUCAAAUGUUCAGUUAUAAAUGUCACCGGCUUCACUUCUCCACACAAAGAUGAUGUCGUCGAUACAAAUGAUAAAUGUGAUCCAGCUAAAUCAUCACUUGUUGAGUUUUCUGAUUGUGGUGGCUUUGUUCUUGAAGAACAACCAGCGAAAAUGGCUGAAUCAUUUCGCUUAUUUUUACAAGGACUGGGUUAUCUGUCACAUUUGAGUAUUCCACGUUAUUCAAUAGCUGGCCGUUUAGCAGAACAAUCAAUGGAAUUUAAAAAGAAACAUGGUGAUAACACGGGAGCACCACGACGCUUAAGUGCACCAUUCGAUAGUCAAGAUUAUAUGCCGCGUCGUUCAUCUCAAAUGUAUGAUCAAGAAUUAACAUUAGUUGUCGAUAGUUUUGAUGAGCAAAAUGUCAAAUUAUAA